CCAAUUCUCAUCUGGUCCGUACAGUGCAGGCAAAUAUCACCAAUAGGCUGUACCUGUGCCUCAGGAAAUGGCGUCAAGUUCAGUCCCACGCAAACCGUGCGUGCGAUGCCAUGAGACUGUGCACAAUCCCGCCAAGUUUCUCAUGGAGUGCUGCAAGUGCCUACGUGCCUGGCACCAUCCCUGUCAUAUCCCUCCUGUAGCUGAAGCAGAAGUCCUGCAGCGUAUUGACGCCGACUUGAGCAACCGGCCUGCGGAUGGACUGGGAAGCUGGGUCUGUCGUCGGUGCUCGAAACGAUCGAACGAUACAAGAGAGAUAGUUCCAACCAAUGCUCCUGUGAGAACUGUGGUCACUGCUCCAGAUGUAUCCUCUUCGUCGCGUGUAGCGAACGAGAGACCGUCAUCGCAUAUGCCUACACAGUUUGUGUCUCAAGCAUCGGAGUCACGACCGGAUCGAUCCACAAGUGCCAUAGACCUUGAAGGACCUGCUCGUUCAUAUGUCCAUGUCAACGAAUCUGUAUCGCUCCCCCUUGAACCGAUCAAAGAGGCAGAAGCAGUGCGUGCCUCCUCUUCUCAAGGACGACGCCGGGAAACACCACAUAUAGACCUGCUGCGGCCUCCCCCGUUGAAACGAGUGGCGACGAAGACUGCGAGUCGCUCUCGACAAGAUGCUCCAGCAGAUACCAACGCAGCUAAGAUCCGACCACCACUUCGCAGCUCACAGAUGCUGCAGCCUGACAUCCCGACUGAGCGCUCUUCGCCGGCAUUCUUGCUGCCAUCCUCAACUGCCUCCUCGCCCCCACUCACAUGUUCUCCCAGCAAUGAUACACCGUCGGUUUCCUCACAGGCGCCAUCACGGCUCUCUACUCCUGCUUCCAAUGCCACAUCUCUCUACGCAUCGUCGGCACCUCCUCCAUCGUCGCCUUCGCCCUCGUCCUCGACUCAACCAGAUAGCACCCCAACACCGAGUGUGCGAGCCAGUUCUCCGCGCAUUCCCUACGUCAUGAAGGGGAAGGAGAGGAUGCCAGACUUCCGCACCCUGAUCUCUGGUUUACGCGCAGCGGGUAAGCUGAAUGGUCCACCCGCCCUAGACCCAGAGGUGGUCCAAUCGGAUCAGAAGGACGCGGACUCGCUCUCUGACCAAGAGUCGACUCCGCGCCCUUCCGUUUCCGGCAGAUCUGCAAGAUAUGAUACGCACGACAUAGAUGAUCUAUAUGCCACGCCUCCCCCGACGUCCGAGUCUUCGCGUUCCCGCGGUCGAUAUGACACCCACGACAUCGACGAUAUGUAUGCAACCCCACAACCGGAACUGCGCAAUGUCCGUGCAGACACUCACAACAUCGACGACAUGUACGCCGAGCCCGCACUACCGGCACGCGCAACGCGGCCACCGAGCCGGUACGACACACAUGACAUCGACGACAUGUACGCAACUCCCGCGCCAGAGUCUAUCCGUGCUUCUAAGCCGGCUACUGCCUCCCGAAGUAUGGACGCGAGAAAGGACAGUCGUACACCACAGCGUCCGUCCGUACCGGAACUACGGCUCGUAUUCGAUUGGCAGAACGAGCGGUUCCCGAACGGGCGUGGAGACGCGGUCUCUGCGAUUUUGGAACACAGAAUGGAGCGAAUUGAGCUUCGGAAGGCAGAAUAUGAGCCGCGAAAGCCGAGGAAAGUGGCUGCUACGCAGCGGCUUGGAAAUAAAGACAAGCGGCGCAAGGAGGAUGAAGUACUUGUGUUCCAGACUGCAUGAUGAGAUAAGGUUUGAUGUACAUAUGUCACAAAGACUAAAGACCGCCACCGCUCCGCUCCUGCGAUAGCGGAGGCUUAGACGAA